AUGUUCCAAGCAGCUAUUUUAAUUGCUAGGCAGUAUAAUAUUAGCAUACAAGGACAAGUCAUCGCGGGUCAAAUUGUAGACACCGCUGGUACAGAAAUAAACGCUAUAGCUGCUGCAUGCAAAGCAAUAUCAACUUCAAACAUUGUUGGUAUUGUUGGUCCCGAAUAUUCAAGUGAAGCUCCUAUCAUAGCUGACAUAGGCGCACGAAUCGGUAUUCCAGUUAUAUCACAAUCUGCAACUGGUCCUACGUUAUCAAACCGAAAUGCAUAUCCUGCUUUUUACCGUACAGUUCCAUCUGAUAAUGCAGCUGCAUUAGCCAUUGCUCAAUUAUUUCUCAACUAUAAUUGGACUUCCUGCCAAAUUAUUUAUCAAAAUGAUGCAUUUGGAAACGGAGGUGCAACAGCUAUUACUAAUGCAUUUUUAAAAAAUGGCCUAGGAAUUGCAGGAACUAUAGUAUUUGAUAUUGUCACACUUCGUCUACAAGACAAUUUGAACGAUGUUUUGACCGCUAGCCCGACAAGAAUUGUAGUUUUGUGGGUGAAUCCUCCUUAUGUACCUUCUAUUAUACAAAAUGCACUUGACUAUGAUUUAAUUGGUCCAAAUUAUCUAUGGAUUACAAGUGCAAGUUUUGAUUUGAGCAAUUUUAAUCAAACAUACUAUCCAAACUUGAUUGGAUUGCUUAAUCUAGAACCAACAGUUGCAAGUGUUGCUAAUGCACCAAUCAAUGCGGUAUUAUUAAAUGCAGCAUUUGAUUUAUGGAAUCAAUAUGAACCUGAAACAUUUCCUGGCAGAAACAAUGUCAAUGAUUAUGCAUUUUUUGCGUUUGAUGCAGCAUGGACGUUGGUUCAAUCAUUACAAAAAUUUUGUUCAAUAACAAGUAAUACUUCAUCUUGUAUUUCUCUUAGUAAUGCUACCUAUUGUUUCGAUCGGUUCCUUUUCAAUUCUAAUACAUUAUUCGAUAUAAUUAAUAACAUGGAAUUUCUCGGUGUAUCUGGCCAUAUCCAGUUUAGUGCUAAUACAACAGACAGAAUUAAUGGAAGUUAUUACGUUGCAAAUAACAUACAAUAUUCUCCUACUGGAAUCAAUUUUGUACAAGCAUUGAGCUAUUCUGAUAGUACUGGUUGGCAACGUAAUACAUCUACACAACUGAUUUGGCCUGGAAAUACAUUAGCACCUCCUACUAGUGGUGCAAAACUCCAAGGAGUUAAAUUAAUAUUAGGUUUGAUUCAAUCAACUCAAUAUACAAAUAUUAUAAAUGUAACAGAUGCACUUGGAAACACUACAACCCAGCUCGUUGGUUAUGUACCUGAUCUUAUAAAUCUUUUACAAACUAAACUAGGAUUUAUUCCAGAUAUUCGACUCGCUCCUAGUAAUCAUACCUAUAAUGGUCUUGUUGAUAGUGUGGUGCAUGGUGUUUAUGAUCUAGUAGUUGCUGAUCUUACAGUGACUGCAAAUCGAAGAAAAAAAGUCGAUUUUUCGAAUUCAAUAUUUGACAACUCGGUGCGCCUUGUUAUUCGAACACAACCCGAUAUUCAAGUAGCCCUCUUUUCUUUUCUCAACCCGCUCUCAUGGGAUUUGUGGUUGCUGAUCAUUGGUACUCUUAUCUUUGGUAGCAUUUUGAUAUGCAUAGUAGAAAGAGUAGCCAAUGAACGUUUACGAGAGAAAUCACAUUCUGCUGCAUACCUAAUGAUUAUUUGGUAUACUUUUGGUAAUUUCAUGGGACGCGAUGUGGAGUUACAACCUAAAACUAUUGCUGGCCGUUUGAUAUCAUCUGCCAUGUUUUUCUUAACGCUGGUUAUAAUUGCAUCAUACACUGCAAAUUUAGCAUCACAAUUGACAAUAUCAAAAUCGCAACCUAUUAUAUCUGGAAUUGACGAUAUCAAGAAUGGAAAAGUUCCCAGUAAUCGUAUAGGUCUUCUUGUAGGUUCAGCUUCACUUGAAUAUUAUUUAACAGAAUUGUCUGGAGGAAAUCCAAACUAUUAUCCAUUAUACAGUCGUGAUCAAAUAUAUCAAAGCUUAUUGGAUGAUAAAAUCGAUGUUGGUUUUAUAGAUACUGGUAACGCUGAAUAUAUGACUAAUGAUGUCUAUUGCAAUUUAACAAUAGCUGGCUCAGGAUUUAAUGUAGGAAUAUUUGCUAUUCCUAUGCGUAAGGGAUGGAUAUAUGGAAAUGAUUUAGAUGUUGCUCUAUUGUUAUUACGCGAAUCAGGUGACUUAAAUAAUUUGUAUGCAAAAUGGUUCCAAUAUAAAAAUUGUCCUGAUAAUUCAGUAUCAACCGCUGCAAUUGAUUCUCGAGCUUUGAUUGGAUUAUUUAUGGUGUUUGGAAUUGUUUGCAUGUUAUCAAUAUUCAUUUUUGCAUGGGGAAAAUUACAUAUGACGAAAAAGUUAACAGGACGCAUUUAUCGAAUAAUACACUCAUUGAACAAAAAAUGCCAUUCUGCAAGGGAAGACGCAACAAAAAUUUCUCAUGGUUCUGAGAUUCGUGAAUUAGAGACAGUGAAUAUUGGAAAUUUUUGA